UUCAGUAAAAUAUUUCAACCUGCCAGCUGCUUCAGCUCUGGACACCCAGGAAUGGCUGAUGUCUUCAGAAGCCUGAGCCUCCUAGAAACCCUCAAAGAGUCCAUAGAAAGCAACAAGUUGUCAGAUGUGAAGGACGCAGUGGAGGAUCUCCUCAUCAGCAGGAUCAACUUGGCUGUAUUGGGGGACCGUGGAGAUGAAAAAGCUUCCUUCAUCAACUCCCUUCGUGGCCUCGGACCUGAUGAUGAGGGCGCAGCUCCAUCUCCGUCUCCCUUUGCUCUGGAGGAAGUGGCUGGCUACCCAAACCCCAAACACCCUGACUUCCGCCUGUGGGAUCUGCCACCUGUCCCCACAACGUCCCCAUUUGAACCAGAGGGAUACAUGAGCAGAUUGAAGCUCCUCCGUUACAAUGCUGUCUUCAUGACGUUCACCCAGAAGCUCCAACCCAACAGUGUGGAGGUUUUCUUGGAGGCUCGUUCUCUGCAACGACAAACUGUCUACUUUGUUCUCUUAUGUUCUGUCAAAGACACAGAGAAGAACCUGGAAGACAAGAGGAAAGCUGCUCUGGAAGUGCUAAAUUCACAGGGUGUAAAACAACCGAAAGUCUUCCUGGUCAGACCGUCCACCCUGGAGAAGCUUGACUUCCCUGAUCUCUUGGUGGACUUGAGUAAAGACCUUCCAGAGAUCCGAGCUCACGCCCUCCUGUUGGCCCUCCCAGCUAUCACCCCAACACUGGUCACCCAGAAAAAGGAGGCAUUCAAAGCCCUCAUCUGGGCAGCUGCUUCUCUAUCUGGCGGGAUGUCAGCCAUUCCCGUUCCACUUGUAGCAUCCAUGGUGGACUCGAGCAUAGCCGUGAGGAUUCUGACAAAAGCACAGUUAUCUCUGUGCCUGGAUGAUGAAUCGGUUGAGCGACUGGCCCGGCAGAGAAACCUAGAGGCAGCAGUUCUGAAAAGACUGAGAACUUGUGCGCUGUCAGUGGAGGUCACCAAAGGAGAAGUGAAAAGACGGCUCGCAGCGGCGGAGAAGGAAUUGUCUACGGUUUCGUCAAAGUUACUGGAAAUGGCGAUGCCUCGACACGCUCGGUCUGCCGGCCGCUCCUUCACGGCGAUGCUGCAGACGUUGAACGGUGCUGUUGAUGAGAUGACUGCUGAUGCUGAGAAGAUAGUGGCGGCAGCUCUGGGAGAGGGGAAAUGA